AUGUCCUUGCCCAAAGACAACAACUUUACAAAGUAUGAGCAGGUGAAUCAAAUCAGGGAAAGCAAUGUUAUUGGUAGUAGGAUCAAGAAAAGGUAUAACAGGGAUCACCUUCUAGAGGAGGAGGUAAGAAGUACCAGCAAAGCUAUGAUGAUGAUCAAGGAGCCAGACGAGAAAUGUGGUAACGAGAUGCUUGACGAAAUGAUGUUGCAUGCGUAUGAGACAUGCAUCAUCAAGGGCAUGGAACGUGUCACCAUGGACAAUAGUGGCGCAGAUAAAAGAAACAAGAAGAGUGGGAGGAUCAAAUCGGCGAGGAGCAAUAUGGUCGACAUUGGCAUGUUGUUGAUCUCUUGUGCGCAGGCGGUGGGAGAGGGCGAUCACAUGAGAGCGCAUGAGCUCCUGAAGCAAAUCAAGCAACAUGCUUCGGCAACAGGGGACUCCACCCAACGGCUAGCCCAUUGUUUCACCAAGGGGCUAGAGGCACGCAUAGGGGGCAAAGGGAGCCAGAUUUGGCAGUUGCUUAUGUUAGAGCACCCCUCAGUUGUGGAGUUCCUCAAGGCCUACAACCUUUACACUAAAGCUUGUUGCUUCCUCAAUUUAGCUAGUUAA